AUGGCUACCAUUGCAAAAACCGUCGUCGCCACUGGCGCAUCUUCAGGCCUUGGCUUUGAAGCCAUCAAGCAGCUGCUCCUCCAACAAACUCAGCCAUACAAAGUCAUCCUUGGUGCCCGAAACACGAAGAGCACCAUUGCUGCCUUUGAUGCUUUGGCAUAUGACCGCUCUGGCCACGCCGUAACCGUCUUGCCACUGGAACUCUCAGAUGUGAGGACAGUCAAGUCUUUUUCGCAGCAGGCGCUGGAAAAGAUUGGAGGUGAUAAGAUCGAUUACUUGUUGUUGAAUGCAGCCAUCACCAAUGGCGCGGAGAAGCCUGGCCCCAAGGGGUGGCGAUGGUGCGAGUCGGUGGUGGUGAACCAUUUCUCACAACACUACCUUACUCAUCUACUGAGAGAGAAGCUUGUCGAGUCAAGGUCUCGCAUCGUCUUUGUCUCUUCUGGAGCAAUCCGUCGCAUAACUGACCCCAGUGUCCUUGAUGAGAUGUUGAAGAGCGCCUCGGGUGCGGAUGGCAUGAAUGUCUACUGUGCCACCAAAUUCGUUCAGCUUCUCAAUGCUCACUGGUGGCGCCGUCAACUGGCCGGCCAGUGCGACGUUGUCGCUGUUUCACCUGGCUUGAUUCCAAACACUGGCCUUAGCCGAGGCAAUGGACUGAAGCUCUCCAUGGAUAUGCCGGAUGCAAAAUCCGUUGAAACAGGCGCACAAAGCAUCCUGGCUGCAUUCACUCGAUCCGACUUCCCAAGUGAUCCGGAUCAGAUCUUCUUGACAAGCUGGGGAGAUUGGUGGGGGAAGGAUACCAUUGAGCAGUCUCUUGACAAAAGCCUGCAAGAUAAGUGGAGUUGGAGCAAAGAAGAAAUCGAGAAGGAAGUUGGAAUCACUGCGUGA